GGGGACACAUGCAGUUCAGCUUGACUUCACUUUCUUCCCUUUCUCUGUUUUACUCUCUCAACCGAGUUCAAAGGGACUCCCAUCUUCCUGCUCGGGUCCUCGGCUGUGUGUCUGUUUGUGUAGCUUUGGUUUAGUUUUUUUAACUCGUUGUGCUGCUUCUUCCGUCUUUGUAUCCUCUCAGAAAAGAUGCCGCCGACAUCCUGUCCGAUAAUAAUACUGUCUGGAAGCUUCUCCAGCAAGCUAACGUUAGCGGUUAGCCCUGGAGAACCACUCCACGGUAAAUGGGCUUAGUUUGACCUGAGCUUUGGUUCCUAACGUGAUCCCGCGGCUGGCUCACAUCCAGCUGUUUCAUCUCCAUGUUUCGACUUAAGGACUUCUCUCUUCAACAUGGAGAUACCAAUCAGCCAGCAGUGCAGCAGCUGUGACGCGCCGGCCGCCAGAUGUUGGUGCGUGGACUGUAACGAAGCGCUGUGUGACGUCUGCGUGUCGGCGCAUCGCAGAGUGACCGUCACCAGAUCUCACCGGAUCCUCAACCAGCCGCAAGAAGGAGGCGUCUCGACUUGUCCCACCAAGUUCUGCAGACUUCACCCGUCGGAGCCACUCAAACUCUUCUGCUUCACCUGCAACAUGCUCACCUGCAGAGACUGCCAGCUCACGGCUCACAUGAACCACAGGUAUCAGUUUGUCAGCGAAGCGUUGGACAGUUUGAAGAAGGAGCUGGAGGACUGUGUUCGGCCAAUCAGUAAGCAGCGAGACGCCGCGUGGAAGAGUCUGCAGGACAUGGAGACCAGGCUGCGGGACAUCGCUGACAGCGAGUCCAAUCUGUCGUCUGAGCUGCAGCGCUCCUACUUGUUCCUGACUCAACAAAUCAAAACAAGGAUGGAAGACAUUUUGAAAAAUGUUAAGACGGUUUGUGAAACGGAGACCCAGCUGAUUCAGACAAAGAUGAACAAGUUGAAGCAGCUGCUGAAGGAUCAAGAUUCGGUCGCUAAAUUCACCGAAAAUGCCCAAAACAGUAACGACGUGUCGACCCUGACUGCCUACAAUGUUCAGAUCAAGUCUCAUGUGAAGGCUUUCCACAAUCUGAACCUGUCUCCUCCUCAGCGUAUGUCUCAGCUCUGGGUCAGCACUGACAAGGUGUCACUGGAGGCCAUUUUGAACUUUGGUCGACUCAACGUUAACUGGGUCCCCUUCUCCGUCUCAAAUACCUCCAAUCAGAACGCUCCAUCAUCCUCCUCUUCCUCUCCCACCCCUUCCUCUCCCUCUCUCACCUCUCCCUCCUCUUCCUCUCCCUGUCCGCCCCCCCUCGGCGGACCCUCCCCCCAAACCAGGACUCUCGUCUCUCCUCCGGCUACAUGUUCCUCCACGACAUCGACGUCCUAUCCCAGCCAGACGUUUCUCUCCACUUCCUCUUCUCCGUCUUUAGUCCCACCCCCUCCAGACCAUCUGGCUCCAUCCCAAAAGACGAUCUCCGAUCAGUUCGUGACUCCGCCUCCGAGAACCGCGAACACAGACUCCCCCGUUCCUCCCAACUGUCCCGCUACUUCCUGGAAGUCCUCGUCCAAUCAGCAGAGUCUUCCUCCUACAGCUUCCAAUCAUUCCAAAGCUCUCAUGCCAGCGAGCACCACUCAAACGGGCCAGCAUCCGAAGAAACGCAGACAGACAGUUUCUGACUCCGAGAACAGCCAGCGUCCCCGCUUCGCCGUCCUCGAACUCGUCCAACAGCCUCUGGUUGCUCAGCAGCCGGCCACUGCCGCCGUGCUGCUGAGCAACACUCAGAGCGCGUACCAGGUGUCCUGCUUUGCGCUGCUGGCGGCCGCGCUGCCACUCAGGCAGAUAGCGCCGGGAAACACCGGCCCCGAACCACAGAAGAGCCUGAUGGGAACUAUCGUCCCAGUUUCAACCCCAGGACAGUUGACUCCGGUCCCCGCCAGUUGUCCAAUACCUCCUGCCCCCACCACCGGAAACCAGAUCUCUGUCGUGCCGAGUCCCGCGGCGGUGCCUCGCCAAACGCAAGAAAAAGAACAGCAUCAACGUUUGAAAGAAGUAAACUCCUCUUCAACCAGCCACGCUGCGUCACGAUCCUGCGAGCAGCGUCUCAGCCCGGAUAUCGACCCUCGGCCCUCUUCUCCCAAACAACAGCAGCAGCAGAACAAUCCGGUGGUGAGGGCCAUGGCGGACUCCGCCUGCGACGGUGGCGUGCAGCAGUUCGCCCCGAGGCGGCAGGAACCUGCAGAGAACGAACCCACCUCCACCAUGUCCGAAGAACUGGCGCCUGCAGGAGAACCGUCUGCAGCUGACGAAUCGGACAGAGACGCAGAAGAACGUGAAGUAUCGGACAGAGAUACUGAAGUAUCGGACAGAGAUGCUGAAGUAGUUACGGACAGAGAUGCUGACGUAGUAAUGGACAGAGAUGCUGAAGUAAUAAUGGACAGAGAUGCUGAAAUAGUCUUAGACAGAGAUGCUGAAGUAGUAAUGGACAGAGAUGCUGAAGUAGUAUCGGACAGAGAUGCUGAAGUAGUAACUGACAGAGAUGCUGAAGUAGUAACGGACAGAGAUGCUGAAAUGGUCUCAGACAGAGAUGCUGGAAUGGUCUCAGACAGAGAUGCUGAAAUGGUCUCAGACAGAGAUGCUGAAAUGGCCUCAGACAAAGAUGCUGAAAUGGCCUCGGACAGAGAUGCUGAAAUGGCCUCGGACAGAGAUGCUGAAAUGGCCUCGGACAGAGAUGCUGAAGUAGUCUCGGACAGAGAUGCUGAAGUAGUCUCGGACAGAGAUGCUGAAGUAGUCUCGGACAGAGAUGCUGAAGUAGUCUCAGACAGAGAUGCUGAAAUAGUCUCGGACAGAGAUGCUAAAGCAGUCUUGGACAGAGAUGCUGAAGUAAUAACGGACAGAGAUGCUGAAAUAGUCUCAGACAGAGAUGCUGAAACAGUCUCGGACAGAGAUGCUGAAGUAAUAACGGACAGAGAUGCUGAAAUAAUAACGGACAGAAAUGCUGAAAUAGUCUCAGACAGAGAUGCUGAAAUAGUCUCAGACAGAGAUGCUGAAAUAGUUUCGGACAGAGAUGCCGAAAUGGUCUCGGACAGAGAUGCUGAAAUGGUCUCCGACAGAGAUGCUGAAAUGGUCUCGGACAGAGAUGCUGAAGCGGUAACGGACAGAGAUGCUGAAGCAGUAACGGACCGAGAUGCAGAAGCAGUAACGGACAGAGAUGCUGAAGUAGUAUCGGACAAAGAUGCUGAAGUAGUCUCGGACAGAGAUGCUGAAGCAGUAUCGGACGGAGAUGCUGAAGCAGUAUCGGACGGAGAUGCUGAAGCAGUAUCGGACAGAGAUGCUGAAGUAGUAUCGGACAGAGAUGCUGAAGUAGUAUCGGACAGAGAUGCUGAAGUAGUAUCGGACAGAGAUGCUGAAGUAGUAUCGGACAGAGAUGCUGAAGUAGUAUCGGACAGAGAUGCUGAAGCAGUAUCGGACAGAGAUGCUGAAGCAGUAUUGGACAGAGAUGCUGAAGUAGUCUCGGACAGAGAUGCUGAAGCAGUAUUGGACGGAGAUGCUGAAAUAGGCUCUGACAGAGAUGCCAAAGUAACGGACAGAGACGCUGACUCAUCGGACAAAGACACCGUAGUAUCAAACAGAGACAAUGUAGUAUCGGACGGAGACACUGUAGUAUCGGACGGAGACACUGUAGUAUCAGACAGAGAUGCUGAUGAACUUGAACUUUCACUUGAGGUCACGGAAAGUGAAGCUGAAGAACUUGCAGCAGAAGUAUCGGAGACAGACGCCGGAGUAUUGGACAGAGAUGCCGAAGUAUUGGACAGAGGCACCGUAGUAUCGGACAGAGACACCGUAGUAUCAGACAGAGAUGCUGAAGUAUCGGACAGAGACACCGUAGUAUCAGACAGAGAUGCUGAAGUAUCGGACAGAGCCACCGUAGUAUCGGACAGAGCCACCGUAGUAUCGGACAGAGACACCGUAGUAUCGGACAGAGACACCGUAGUAUCAGACAGAGACACCGUAGUAUCGGACAGAGAUGCUGAAGAAUCGGACAGAGACACCGUAGUAUCGGACAGAGACACCGUAGAAUCGGACAGAGAUGCCGAAGAGCUUGAACUUUCACUUGAGGUCACGGAAAGUGAAGCUGAAGCAUCGGAGACAGACACCGGAGUGUCGAACAGAGGCGCUGAACCUGAAAUAUCUGACGGAGAUGCUGGAGUGUCAGAUCGAGAUGCUGAAAAACCUGAACCUGUAGUGUCGGACGGAGAAGCUGGAAUAUUGGACGGAGACAAUGGAAUGUCUGACUGCAGUUCGAGCCAAUGGCAGCCCAGAGUGUCUCUGUUCAGGCUGCCUGUGCUUUCGCAGCGCCACAAACGUCCCCUUCCUUCUUUUCGUUUGAUCGCCGGCGAAGCUGAUGAUGAGAUUUACCUGGAAGAGAUGAGCCAGGAGACUACGUCCCUCUCUGAUGAUGUCACAGAUGACUCCGCAGAUGACAUCGGUACGCUGUCGCCUCCUGGCUCCCCUCUGGCUGUGCAGAUGGUCGCCUGCUCCGCCUGCCGAUUGGCCAACGCGUCAAUCAUCUGUAUGUCCUGCGGCCGUGGAUUCCACCAAGACUGCCACAUUCCUCCUGUCAGACCGGACAUCAUGUCGGACUGGAUAUGCUCGCUGUGCCAGGACCUGUCGGACCCCUCGGACCCCUUCCUGUCCCACCGCCCACAGAGACCUGCAAGUCUCGGCCUCAGUCUGCUCAACCAGAGGAGAUGUGAGAAGCUGUUGCUGCUCCUGAAGGUGAAAGCCAGCAGUCGACUCUCUGAGGCUCACCUGGACUGGAUGAAGGAUCGUCUGACUCGUGGCUCACCUGCGUAUCAGACAGCUGCAGACUUCCUGUCGGAUGUCCGGAGGCUCUUCAGGGACGCUGCACCGGGCGACUUCUUUCUGAAUAAUCUACAGAAGAGGAUGAAGAGUUUGAGCGCAGCGUUUAUGGCCGAAGAGAAGUCUACGGCCGGCGCCAACGUGGCCGCAGACGCACCGGAGAGCGAGAGGUCAAAGGUCACGGCGCGGGAAGAACCGGAAGUGAUGUCAUACGAGGCCAGACUGAAGGAGACGAGGAAGAGGCUGCGGGAGGCUCUGAUGGACGGGUCUCACUCCAAGAGGAGGAAGACAGAACCACCCCCCGAGGAUUCUGGGAAAUGAAGUUCAGACUGUCGGAGGGUUGGAGACACUACAAGAGGAGGAAGAUGGAACUUUUUCCUGAGGAUUCUGGGAACUGAAGUCCAGAGGGGGGGUGGGGUGUGUGUGUGUGUGUGUGUGUGUGUGUGUGUGUGUGUGUGUGUGUGU